GCACACUCAUUUCAUCAACUUUAGCAAGGUAAUCUGGGUCAACGGACUACCAAGUCAUCCUUCAGUUAUAUCUAUAAUACAGUCCUUGCUUUCUCUUUUCUUUUUUGUAUAGAAAGCUCAAAGCUUAAUCAUUUUCCACUUCUGUUCUGCUCUUAAGAGAUAAAUUAAGCUCGUCGAAAUAUCGAAUCAUGGAGUCAUAUAGUCACCCCUUGUACAGCUGCAGGAAGUGCAGAACUCCUGUUGCUCUUGCCGAAGAUCUUCUCUCUAAAUCUUUUGUGGCAAAAUCCGGGAAAGCUUUCAUGUUCAGUCAAGCGAUGAACACAGUGCUGGGGAAGAAAUACGACAAACCGCUUAUAACGGGGAAUUUCACGAUUGCUGAUUUAUAUUGCAAAACUUGUGGAGAAGAAUUGGGAUGGAAGUAUAUAAAGUGUCAUGAGAAGACUCAGAGCUACAAAGUGGGGAGAUUUAUCAUCGAGAAAGCCAAGAUUGUGAAAGAGUACUGAAGGAACUAUAUUGAUCAUCUGUUUGUUGUUAAGAUACAAAUAAUUUGCAGGACCUUUGUUUGCUACUUUUUGCCUAUAUGUGCAUGGAUUAAGUGAUAUCUUUGCAAAUGGAAGUGGCAUCAAUAAGAUGCUGAUGCUUCUGCCUUGAAUUACUACUGAACUAUAUAGAUGAAGAAAAUAUAUAUUUGGGCAAUUUGUCACA